UCUUGAAAAGCUGCUUGCUGCAGUCCAGUGGUGUGGGUUUUCUGGGACGUCAUGGAGUUUAUGGUGUUGUGUAAAGCUGAUCUGCGCUGGAUCCCAGGUCUAGUCCUCCUGGUUCUGUGUCUCCGUCCUCCUGCUGUCCUGUGUGAAAACCUCUACUGCUACUACUGUCCUCAGACGUCCUUCAACAGGAGCUGCAGGCACGUUCUGUCGGAGUGCCGCCCGCAGGAGCUCUGCUUCACCGCCCGGGGCCGGUUCGGACACGCACCCGUUCUGUUCUCCAAAGGCUGCAUGUCGCAGAGAGACUGCGUCCGAUCCAGCAGUCAGAUGAUCCGCGGGAACAACAUCAGCUUCACGUACUCAUGCUGCGGCCGUCCUUACUGUAACUCCAGCCGGCGCUUCGACCACAGCCUCGCGCUGCUCACGGUGUCUGCUGUCGCCGCGAGCGUCAUGACGGCCCGCUGGACUCGUGCAGGACUCUCCUGAUGCCAGGAUCUUAACGAGCUGUUUGAAAAGGCCUUUUGUGUCAAGUUCACUUUUAACUGAGCCUCAUUAAAUCUGUUGAUUUUAAA